CUGGUGCGCGCCGCGGGUGCGGGCGCGAUGGCGGCGCUGGGCGGGGACGGGCUGCGCCUGCUGUCGGUGUCGCGGCCGGAGCGGCAGCCCGAGUCGGCGGCGCUGGGCGGCCCGGGCCCCGGGCUGUGCUGCUGGGUGUCCGUGUUCUCCUGCCUUAGCCUCGCCUGCUCCUACGUCGGCAGCCUCUACGUCUGGAAGAGCGAGCUGCCCAGGGACCACCCCGCCGUCAUCAAGCGGCGCUUCACCAGUGUCCUGGUGGUGUCCAGUCUCUCGCCCCUCUGCGUGCUGCUCUGGAGGGAACUCACGGGCAUCCAGCCAGGCACAUCCCUGCUCACCCUGAUGGGCUUCAGGCUGGAGGGCAUUUUCCCCGCGGCACUGCUGCCCCUGCUGCUGACCAUGAUCCUUUUCCUGGGCCCACUGAUGCAGCUUUCUAUGGAUUGUCCCUGUGACCUGGCAAAUGGGUUGAAGGUUGUCCUAGCCCCCCGCUCCUGGGCCCGCUGCCUCACAGACAUGCGUUGGCUGCGGAACCAAGUGAUCGCACCCCUGACAGAGGAGCUGGUGUUCCGGGCCUGUAUGUUGCCCAUGUUAGCACCAUGCACGGGUCUGGGCCCUGCUGUGUUCACCUGCCCACUCUUCUUUGGAGUUGCCCAUUUUCACCACAUUAUUGAGCAGCUGCGUUUCCGCCAGAGCAGUGUAGGGAGCAUCUUCCUGUCUGCAGCGUUCCAGUUCUCCUACACAGCUGUCUUCGGUGCCUACACUGCUUUCCUCUUCAUCCGCACAGGUCCCAUUCCAGACUCAAGAAGGAGGUUGGCCCAAGUCCCCUUUCUUGAGGUUGGUGGUUACUUCUCCACGACACCCCCAGGUUGGCUGUGAUUAAACUACAUUCACAUGGAUCUAAAGGGCAACGUCGCACACCUGCCUCCCUGGAGAGCUUUCCUCUCCCCCAGCCUGUUGGGGCCACAGGGUACAUUUGGGAUCUUAGGGUCCAGAGAGGAAGAGGCCUGGGACCCCUGCAACUUGCCCACCCCAGAGCACUGGGCAGGUAGGCUUGCUGGGUGCCAGGGAUGUGUGUCCUGCUGCGUGGGGCGGGGGGGUGCCUCUCGGUUCUGUCCCUCCCCCUCCUCACAGAGUCUGGCGUUUCUUCCACCAGCCCCAGCCCCGGCCCCUGCUAAGGAGCUGCCUUCUCUGCCUUUCCCCUCUCACCAGCCACACCUCACCUUGCCUGUGGGGAGGAGGGUAGUGGUGUAGGUGGGGUUAAUGUCACCCCCGGCCCCCGCAGGAGUGGGAGCUGAGGCUCAGGAUUCAGGUUGUGCGGAUGGACAGGGUGAGAACCUGGGACCCUUCUAACCUCCCACCAGCACCCUCGCAGCCAGAGCGCUCAGAGUAACUUCUGCCGAAUCACCACUCCCAAGGUUUUCACCCACUGCCCAGAAGGUGGUUGUGUUUGCAUUUAGUCCUGAACUAACGAGGUGAGAGGUUGGCCCUGGGUUUUAGAAAGCUGAGCAGUGUGGCUGGGAAGAGAGUCUGCCUGCAGCCUGGGUUUCCUCCCUCUCUGCCUCUUAACAGCUGUGGAGUCCUGGACAAAUUAUUUAACCUUCCUAUGACCUGGUUUUGGUGUCCAUAAGAUGGAUAAAGGCUGAUUUCCUGAGUUAA